UGUAGCCACCACCUCUACCACCACCAGCAACUGCUGCUCUGCUACACACACAGCGGCGCCCUCUACCACUCCUGCACCAGCAGCAUGCUGUCCUCCACACCCUCCCUGCUGCUGCUGCUGCUGCUGCCCUGCCUCAGCCUCGUCAGCAGCCUACACCCACACUCUCCUGAAGCUUAUGGUGAACGUUCGAAGGCCGUCGAGAUCGAGGACAACCCAGAAGCCAGGCAUCAGGACCUCCACUUGGCCGGGGCCCGAGACCAGGGCUUGAGGAGGGCCAGGUGUCCGGAAGGACAAAUCCCCGUGUCCGAGCUGGGAGGCAUUUGCCUCCCCAUCCAUGGAAACGGUGGACCCUCCAAGAAUCCCAGCAACAUCGACUCCACGGUCGGAAGCAGCGGUGGACCCUCCAAGAACGAAGACAGCACCAAACCGACGGUUGGAAGUACUGCCAAGCCAAGCCAGUGUGGAAAGAAGAGAAGGUGCGCACCAGGCUUUGUGUACAAUACUGAAGUUUGUCUCUGCUUGCCCAUUUAGGAGAGUACACACACACACACACACAGCACACCAGGAAUCUGUACACCAGCUGGACAGUUGAGAGGCGGGACCAAUGAGCCAAAGCUCAACCCCGGCAAUCACAACUAGGCACGUACAUGUACAAAUAAGUUUAAUAAACUUAGUUAAAAACAAUAA